UGCCACGAGUUGUCAAAAAUACUUCUCUUGCGGUGUUUUGCCAACACGUUGCCAGUUUCUGGAGAAUUUUUGUGAAUUAAAUUUUGCAAAAAAAGCUUGAAAUUUGGUCUUAAAUUAGUGCAAAUUAAGUUUAAAGUGCCUCAUCCGUUCAAGCACAUUUGAUUUGAUUCAAAAAAUGGCCAACAUCGAACGUAAAGGUACCUUCAAGGUUGAAUACCUCCAAAAAAUUGAAUUGGAAGUUCAAGAAAAAUGGGAAGCUGCCAAAAUCUACGAAGUCGAUGCUCCCAAAGAAGCGCGCAAAAGUCUAGAUGAAAAGUUCUAUGUUACCUUUCCAUUUCCUUACAUGAAUGGACGUUUGCAUCUUGGACAUACCUUUUCUCUGUCUAAAGCUGAAUUUGCCAUUCGUUAUAAUCGUUUAAAAGGCAAAAAGGUACUUUGGCCAUUUGGAUUCCAUUGCACUGGAAUGCCAAUAAAAGCUUGUGCUGAUAAACUUAAACGAGAACUACAAGACUUUGGUUAUCCACCUAAAUUUCCAUCCAACGAGGAACCAAAACCCGUUGAAAAGGUGGAAGUAUCAGCUCCCAAAGACAAGUCUAAAGGAAAAAAGAGUAAAGCUGUAGCUAAAACAGGAGCCGCCAAAUAUCAAUGGCAAAUUAUGCAAAGUCUUGGUUUACAAGAUGAAGAAAUAAAAAAGUUUGCUGAUGAAAAUUAUUGGUUAGAUUAUUUCCCACCUUUGGCUGUUAAAGAUUUGCAAAGACUUGGUAUUCAUGUUGAUUGGCGUCGAAAGUUUAUCACAACAGAUGCUAAUCCUUUCUUUGAUUCAUUUGUUCGUUGGCAAUUUAAUCAUUUGAAAAAUCGUGGAAAGAUUUUGUAUGGCAAGAGGUAUACUAUCUUCUCGCCUAAAGAUGGACAACCUUGUAUGGAUCACGAUCGAUCAACUGGGGAAGGUGUUGGUCCUCAGGAAUAUACUUUGAUUAAGAUGAAAGUUUUGGAUAGUCCUGAAGUUUUAAAAUCGAUUAAAUCGCCAGUAUAUUUCGUUUGUGCUACGCUACGCCCAGAAACAAUGUAUGGCCAAACCAACUGUUGGCUACAUCCCGACAUUAAAUACAUUGCCUUUAAGACAUCCCGUUCCGAUGAAGUUUACAUCAGUACCCGUCGUGCUGCUCGCAAUAUGUCCUAUCAAGGCCUAACCCCCGUCGAGGGAAAGGUUGAAGUUCUUGUCGAACUAACUGGUCAACAAUUAUUAGGUCUCAAACUAUCGGCUCCACUCACACCGCACAAAGUAAUCUACACACUGCCAAUGUUAUCAAUUCGUGAAGACAAAGGCACAGGAGUUGUAACGUCAGUUCCAUCCGAUUCACCUGAUGAUUAUGCGGCUCUGGUAGAUUUACAAAAGAAAGAAGCAUUCCGACAAAAAUACGGCAUCGAAGAUGAAAUGGUCCUCCCAUACGUUCCUAUUCCAAUCAUUGAAGUUCCUUCUUUGGGCAAACUAAGUGCAGUACAUUUGUAUGAUACUUUGAAGAUUCAAAGUCAAAAUGAUAAAGAUAAAUUAGCUGAAGCCAAGGAAAUAGUCUAUUUGAAGGCGUUUUACGAUGGUGUGUUAUUGGUUGGUCCAUACGCUGGUCGUAAAGUUCAAGAUGUCAAAAAAGAUCUUCAAAAGUUGUUGGUUGAUGCUAAGGAUGCUGAAAUCUACUAUGAACCAGAGAAGACAAUCAUAUCUCGCUCAGCCGAUGAAUGUGUUGUUGCUCUUUGCAAUCAAUGGUAUCUUAAUUAUGGAGAACCCGAAUGGCAAUCGAUGGCUUUUAAGAAUCUUAAAAACAUGGAAACCUUCCAUGACGAAGCGAGAAAUAAUUUCGAAGCUUGUUUGAAUUGGCUGCACGAAUAUGCUUGCUCUCGGACUUAUGGUCUUGGAACUAAGCUUCCCUGGGAUGAACAAUGGCUUAUAGAAUCACUAUCUGACUCAACAAUUUAUAUGGCCUAUUAUACUGUGUGUCAUUUACUACAUGGUGGAUCGUUUAAGGGUGAAACUCCAAGUCCAAUAGGAAUCAAAUCCGAGGAUAUGACUGCUGAUGUUUGGGAUUACAUCUUCUUCAAUGAAACUCCAUAUCCUAAGACCAGCAAGGUCAAGAAGGACAAACUUGAUCUUUUGCGUCGUGAAUUCAAUUAUUGGUAUCCUCUGGAUCUUCGUGUUUCUGGAAAGGAUCUCAUCCAAAAUCACUUGACAUUCAUGUUGUACAAUCAUUGUGCUAUUUGGCCCAAGGAUGAGGAGAAAUGGCCUCGAGGAGUUCGUGUAAACGGUCAUCUUUUAUUGAAUUCAUCGAAAAUGUCUAAAUCCGAUGGUAAUUUCUUGACUCUCUACGAAGCUAUUGAAAAAUUCUCUGCCGAUGGUAUGCGUCUUUGUUUGGCCGAUGCUGGUGACAGUGUUGAAGAUGCCAAUUUUGUUGAAAGCACUGCUGAUGCAGGUAUUCUGCGUUUGUACACUUUCAUUGAGUGGGUGAAAGAGAUGCUGGCAUCAAGACCAAUGCUCCGUAAAGGAACUCCAUCCACUUUCAAUGAUAAGGUUUUCAUUAGUGAAAUGAGUCUGAAGACAAAACAGACUGAUGAAUACUAUCGGAAGAUGUUGUUUAAGGAAGCUCUGCGAUCUGGAUUCUAUGAGUUCCAAUUGGCUCGUGAUAAGUAUCGUGAGCUGUGUGGCAAUGUUGGUAUGCAUGAAGAUCUCGUUUUUGAGUUCAUUCGUCGACAGGCUUUACUCAUGGCUCCAAUUUGUCCUCAUGUCAUGGAACAUGUGUGGACUUUAUUGGGAAACAAAACAAGUAUUUUACAUGCCCAUUGGCCCAGUGUUGGAGAAAUCAAUGAAAUUGAAAUUCAAUGCUCGGAGUAUCUGAUGGAAGCUGCUCAUUCAUUCCGUUUGAGCUUAAAAAAUCUUCUGCAAGUGAAGGGUAAAGGUGGCAAGGAAAAAGCUGUUGAUCCUGCGAGUUUGAAGCCUGAUCGGGGUACUAUUUGGGUUGCAAAAACUUAUCCUCCAUGGCAAUGUUGUGUUUUGAAUACAUUGAAAGAGCUUUACAUCAUUAAAAAUGUUCUUCCUGAUAAUAAAGUGAUUUCUGCCACUCUGCAGGGCAAGGAGGAAUUGAAGAAAUUCAUGAAACGAGUUAUGCCUUUUGCACAGAUGAUUCGAGAGAAAGUUGAAUCAGGCAAAGGAAUCUCGGCAAUGGCAACGGUUUUGGAGUUUGAUGAAUGCCAGGUGUUGAUGAAUAAUUUGGAGUACUUAAGGAAUACUCUUGAUCUGGAAUCACUUGAAGUUAAAUACACAGAUGAUCCAUCUGCACCGGAAAAGACCCGGGAAGAAGUCCGUCCAGGAUCACCAUUUAUUGCAUUUACAAUUGCUCCAAAUGUUCCAGUUGUUUUGACAAAUCCCAUUGAACGAUCUGGACUGUUUACAGUAAACACUGUUGUUUCUGAAGGAGAUAGUGUUAAAUCGUUCCAUGAGAAAUUGGCCAAAAUUAUUGGACUUAAAGCAGAACUUAAUGCAUUGAAAAUCUGGCGUUAUGAAGAUCCAGUAUUGGGACCUAGACAAAUUCCAACAUUUGAAGAUUAUAAAACAGGCAAAAAACAACUUACGGAAGGUGUUUUUGUUUUGGAUGUUGAGAAGAAAAUUCUUAAUUUGAAAGUCAAUGGAAAACUGCAGAGCAUUGGAACACAGUUUAUUUAUGUUGUGGAGUAAAGUUUUCAUGUUCUCUGGGAGAGGAUGAACUUUAUUUUAUUUAUACUUUUUUUUUUCUUUUUUUUGGUUUUCAUUUUUACUGUUUAUCUAGUAUUUUCUAAAACUAACGUUACAUUUUGAAAACAUAAAUUAUUUCCAACAAAAA